AUAUAUAUUUUAUAUGCUCCUCGAUCCAAUCGAUUCAUCUGAAUUCUUCCAAAUCUAUCUUCAACUUCUUGUUUACCACUUUCUAUUCUCGGAUCCUUCUUGCCUACCCACAGCUUUCCCCUCCUCAAGAGCAAGAUCCCUGGUCAGUUCUAUUGUACUUCCCCUCUUGUUUUCUCACAGUUCCUCUCUGUCCCAGCAUCAGCUAUGAAUCAUACCUCCGGAGGAAACCCCCAUCCAGGGGGAUGCAAUGAUGCUUUGUACAAAGAACUAUGGCAUGCCUGUGCUGGACCUCUUGUCACUCUUCCUUGUGAAGGGGAGCGAGUUUAUUAUUUUCCUCAAGGUCACAUGGAACAGCUUGAAGCAUCAAUGCAUCAGGGGAUGGAGCAGCAAAUGCCCUCAUUUAACCUUCCAUCUAAAAUUCUGUGUAAAGUUGUUAAUGUUCAGCGCAGGGCUGAACCCGAAACAGAUGAAGUUUAUGCCCAGAUAACACUGCUUCCUGAACCAGAUCAAAGUGAGGUUACUAGUCCUGAUCCUCCACUCCCAGAACCUGAAAGAUGCACGGUCCAUUCAUUUUGCAAGACACUUACUGCUUCUGACACAAGCACUCAUGGUGGUUUCUCUGUUCUUCGAAGGCAUGCAGAUGAUUGUCUGCCUCCUUUGGAUAUGUCUCAGCAGCCACCUUGGCAGGAAUUGGUUGCAACUGAUCUACAUGGCAAUGAGUGGCAUUUUCGACACAUUUUUCGAGGUCAACCAAGGCGUCACCUGCUCACAACAGGGUGGAGUGUCUUUGUUAGCUCAAAAAAGUUAGUUGCGGGUGAUGCAUUCAUCUUCCUAAGGGGAGAAAAUGGCGAGCUUUGUGUGGGAGUAAGGAGGCUCAUGAGGCAACAGACAAAUAUGCCAUCUUCUGUUAUAUCUAGCCAAAGCAUGCAUCUAGGGGUUCUUGCUACUGCUUCUCAUGCCAUUACGACUGGAACCCUUUUUUCUGUCUUCUACAAGCCAAGAACAAGUAGGUCUGAGUUCAUUGUAAAUCUUAACAAGUAUAUUGAAGCUCAAAACCACAAGCUUUCUGUAGGGAUGAGGUUUAAGAUGAGAUUUGAGGGUGAGGAAGUUCCUGAACGAAGGUUUAGUGGCACCAUUGUUGGCGUUGGAGAUAAUAUAUCAUCGGGAUGGGCUGAUUCUGAGUGGAGAUCAUUAAAGGUCCAUUGGGAUGAACCUUCUUCCAUCUUGCGUCCAGAGAGAGUAUCACCAUGGGAUUUGGAACCUCUUGUUGCAACUACUCCUUCGAACUCCCAACCUAUGCAGAGGAACAAGCGGCCACGGCCAUCUGUCUUGCCCUCACCAACAGCUGAUCUUUCUGCACUUGGUAUGUGGAAACCUUCGGUUGAGUCUUCAGCUUUCUCAUAUGGUGAAUCACAACGUGGACGAGACCCUUAUCCAUCACCCAAUUUCUCUACCACUGCAAAGGCCAACUCUCUUAGCUUCUGUGGCAAUAGUCAAGUGACCAGUGUUUCGCCGAAUUCAAUGUAUCGGCCUAACCAAUUGGAAAGCGUCACAGAUUCUUUUGCUCCAGUUGUAAACAAAGAUUUGGGAGAAAGGAGACAGGGCACUGGGAUUGGCUACAGACUUUUUGGGAUUCAACUUAUUGACAAUUUCAAUGCAGAAGGAACUUCACCAGUGGUUACUGUGUCUGGAACAGUGGGCAAUGAUCGCCCGGUUGUGUCUUUAGAGGCCGAGUCUGAUCAGCAUUCUGAGCCUGAGAAAUCAUGUCUGAGAUCUCAUCAGGAGUUGCAAAGUAGGCAAAUCAGGAGCUGCACAAAGGUUCACAUGCAAGGCGUUGCUGUUGGAAGAGCUGUUGAUUUGACACAGUUUGAACGCUAUGAAGACCUGCUGAGGAAGCUGGAGGAGAUGUUUGAUAUUGAAGGUGAGCUCAGUGGAUCCACGAAGAAAUGGCAGGUUGUGUAUACUGAUAAUGAAGAUGACAUGAUGAAGGUUGGGGAUGAUCCAUGGCAUGAGUUCUGCAGCAUGGUGAAGAAGAUUUUUAUCUAUGCAUCUGAAGAAGUCAAGAGGCUGUCACCCAAGAUUAAACUUUCAGGUGAUGAAGAGAUCAAAGGAGAUGGUGCCAAUGCUAAUGCCGAUGCAUCUGUUAACACAGAGGACCGCUCAUCUGUGGUUGGGCCUGGAUGCUGAUAUGCCAAUAUGCAUGUGUUUUGCCAUAAAUGGCUGCAGUGGAAAUAUAUAAAGGAAUGAUGAAGAGAACAGUUAAGGCUAUGUUUAUUGCAGGGUUACAAGGAAUGACCAGUACAGCUUCUGGACACGCAAUGCUAAUAUUAUGUCGAGAUAGUGGAUGACUGUUUAUCAAUCCUGUAAUUUGUAGAGAAUGAGACUGUCAUUAUGAAUAGGUAUUGGGUUUUGUUUAUCAUUUUGUUUUGUGAAUUAUAUCAUAUAGUGCUUGCUUGUUUGGAUUCAAAGCAGCUAAAAAGUUGUCCAUUCCACCUCUUGUUCUCAACAGAUGAAAGAAUGGGAAAUGUGCUAUCUUGUUUUUUCA